CUCGUGGGCCCAAGCUCAAUUGCACAAGGUUGUUAACCUGUGAGAAGUAAAUAUAAAUAAAUAUAUCUAGACGCAGUUACUCCACCAUAGCGCAACCUCAAAGCCCCAGUUACAAUCGUAUAAUCCACGGAGGCUCAUCGCAAUCAUGGUAAUUCUAUCACCUCAAGUCUUUGCAUAAUGACUGCUAACAUUUCUAGGCGCGUAAUUCAGAAAAAGCCCAGUCGAUGCUGUUCCGCUUCAGGGAAGCGCAACAAGCAGAAUUAGGCAUCAUUGAUGCUGGGAGGACGCGACGGCCAAAGAUGAUAACGGAAGUCUCAUCCAUACCGGCAUGCGAAAAAUGGAGAGGUCAGGUUCUGAAAGAGAUCUCCCGCAAAGUCAGCAAGAUCCAGGAUCCAAGCUUAAGUGACUUUAUGAUUCGAGAUUUGAACGAUGAAAUCAACAAGGCCAUGAGGGAAAAAUUUAUGUGGGAGGUCCAAAUCAAGAAUUUAGGGGGUCCUAACUAUAUGCGGGGAGGAGGGAAAGUUUAUGAUGAAGAAGGACGAGAGAUACCAGGUGGUGGGAAGGGUUAUAGGUAUGUAUCCAUGUGAUUCUGGAUUAUGUGCGAACGAUGCUAAUGGUGGAUUCCGUGUCCAGGUAUUUUGGGCGUGCUAGAGAGCUACCUGGAGUCAAAGAAAUGUUUGAAGCUGCAACGAUAAAACCUCGCGAGGACCAACCUCUAGAAUCAAGAGUAGACUUGCGAAAACAAGUCGAUGCUUCGUAUUAUGGUUACAACCUCGACGAAGAAGACGGCACUUUACUAGAUUAUGAGAUACAAAAGGAAAAGGAAGCUUACGAGAACCUUCUGGAAGGCAAAGACAGUAAAGCCCCGGAUGGUUGGGAACCAUUACCAGGCGAUGCAGGCGAUGGCAUAGGGUGGAGACUACCCACAAGCGAAGAAGUUCAGGAAGAGCUCGUCGAUAGACGACGAAGACGAUUACUGGACAAACUGGGAUGACAGGACACGCCACCGAGUUGUAAAGCUUUUAUUGCUUCCAAAUACGAGAAUUCAAGUCGUCUAUAUUCCUAACCCCGGAGUGAGCCUUUCGAUUGCCCGACUAGAUUUGAAGACGCAAAAAAUCGAAAAAAUCCAUAUGAAUUUAUUGCAUGUCAUCACGACGAGCUUGGGCGAUAUUUGUGAAUACUAAGUGCUUUAAGCAGCCUUGAGCCGUA